GACAUUUGUAAAAGUGGUCGUAAGAUGUUUGGGUUUUUAUUGUGAUAUGAAUAUCAAACCAGAAUUUUAUUAAGUAAUUAUUAAAACUAUUGAUUAAACGUAUACAGAGCGAGUUAAAUUCAUAUUUAAGCGUCUUGCGAAUUUCUGCAAGUUUUGAAGAAAUGGCAUCAGAAGAUGAAACUCAAGGAGUACAAGAAAAAUCUAAGAAACCUUCAGAUUCGGCUUUUAAGCAGCAGCGACUUCCUGCAUGGCAGCCAGUGCUAACGGCUGGCACUGUAUUGCCAACAUUUUUCGUAAUUGGAAUUCUCUUCAUACCUGUAGGAGUGGCAUUGCUAUACUUUUCAGAUGAAGUUAGCGAAUUUGUUUACGACUAUACCAAAUGUAAAAGGACUGGAUAUAACAUGACCUGUGCUGAAUAUUUGACUACUAAUUACAAUGGAUCCUGUAAUUGUGAAAUUCAAUUUGAACUACCAAAGCAAUUUACAGGAAAUGUUUAUAUGUAUUACGGCCUUAGUAAUUAUUAUCAGAAUCAUCGCCGUUAUGUAAAGUCUAGGGAUGAUGAACAGUUAUUGGGCCGCUUGUCGUCAAACCCAUCGUCAGAUUGCAUACCAUUCGCUUAUGUUGAAGAAAAUGGUGGAGAUAUACCUAUUGCGCCGUGCGGAGCCAUCGCCAAUUCGCUUUUCAACGAUACCUUAACACUGAAAUUCGAUGGAAAAGAUGUACCACUACUUAAUACCGGCAUUGCCUGGCCCUCCGAUAAAAACAUUAAAUUUAAGAAUCCACCAGGAAAUUUAACUCUGGCACUGCAACACUUUAGUAAGCCAAAGUUUUGGCAAAAAGAACUUUGGCAACUGGACCCUAAAAACCCUGACAAUAAUGGAUUCCAAAAUGAAGAUUUAAUCGUUUGGAUGCGCACAGCAGCUUUGCCCAGUUUUCGUAAACUUUAUCGACGAGUUGACCAUUCAAAACCAGGUUUUCAAAAUGGUUUGAAUAAGGGUUCCUAUACACUUGAAAUAGUUUAUCAAUACCCUGUGACGUCAUUUGAUGGUUCUAAGAAAAUGAUUUUAUCGACGACGUCUCUACUUGGCGGCAAAAAUCCAUUCCUUGGUAUUGCAUACAUUGUUGUCGGAUCCAUAUGUCUAGUGCUUGGUGUAGCAUUGUUAUUCAUACAUAUCAAAUGCAGCAAGAGCACUACGGAAAUGAUCAACGUCAAUCCGCGCACACCCUAUUCGUAAUCGCAGCACAAUUGAGCGGGCCUGAGGUCGCUGAAAUGCUUA